CUGGCUGUGCCCAGCCCAGGUGGAUGCUGCCUGCUGGGGUUCUCAGGAGGAAUUCCUUGGCCCCGUGUGUGAGGUGCCAUCUUCCCGCAGGGAUCCGGCGGGUCCAGGACCUGUGUAAGGUGCUGCAGCUCCCGGCGGUGUUUGAGGAAACGGCCGUGUCCUACUUCCAGAGGGCUCUGCAGCUCCCUGCCUUCCACCUGGUCAGCCUCGAGAAGAAGGAGCUGCUGGGGGGCUGCUGCGUGUUCGUGACGUGCCGUCAGCACAGCUGGCCCCUGACCAUGGGCACCAUCUGCUCCCUGCUGUACGCCAGGCAGGACCUGUUCGCCAGCGUCUACCUGAGCCUGCAGAAGGAGCUGGGGCUGUCGGUGCCCGCCCUGAGCCUGGCAGACCUGGUGACCACGCACCUCAACAGCUUCCGGCUGCUCCAGCCCUCGGCCAACGUCCCCGCUCCAUUCCUGGAGGACAAGGAGAAGCUGCUGGCCCGGACCAUGGCCAUUGUGGAGCUGGCCAGCGAGACGUGGCUGGUGACGGGCCGGCACCCCGUGCCCAUCGUCACGGCCGCGGCGUUCCUGGCCUGGCAGUCGCUGCAGCCCGGCCCGCGCCUCUCGUGCCCCUUGGCGCGGUUCUGCCGCCUGGCCGGGGUGGAUCUGCCGCCCCCGGCCCACCUCAGGCUGAAGGAGCUGCUGGAGAUCCUGCAGGGAAUGGCCUCCCAGCUCUCCUGGCUGCGCGGCUUUGACCUGGACAAGAAAACGGUGGUGAAGCACAUCGGGGAGCUGCUGCAGCACCGCGUGUUCCUGCUGAAAAACGCCUUCAGCCAGCAGGAUGGGGAGGAGCAGCAGGACACAGCCCUGGGCCAGGGCUCCCCAGGCCAGGAUCCUGGGGGCUCCUUGGAUAAGGAUUCCUCAGGCCAAGAUCCUGGGGGCUUCCUGGAUAAGGAUUCCUCAGGCCAGGAUCCUGGGGGCUCCCUGGAUAAGGAUUCCUCAGGCCAGGAUUCCCCAGGCCAGGAUCCUGGGGGCUCCCCGGAUAAGGACUCCUCGGAUAAGGACUCCUCAGGCCAGGAUCCUGUGGGCUCCCUGGAUAAGGACUCCCCAGGCCAGGAUUCCCCAGGCCAGGGCUCCUCAGGCCAGCAUCCUGGGGGUUCCCCGGAUAAGGACUCCCCGGGUAAGGACUCCCCAGGCCAGGAUUCCCCAGGCCAGGGCUCUCCUCCAGUGGCACAGGAGCAGGGCUGUCCCUCAGCAGGGAAGCCCCGGCGUGGGGGCACCCUGAGGCCGCUGCUCCCACCCUGCCUCAUCCACCCGAGGAAGAGGCUGCGCCCGGCGGCUCCGAGCGCCCCGGCCCUCACGGGCGACGAGCCCAUCUCGGACAGCGAGAUCGAGCAGUACCUGCGCAGCCCCGACGAGAUCCGCGCCUUCAGGAAGGCCAAGGCCUGGCUGUGAUGGUGGCCCAGGGGACGGUGCUGCCAGGGACAGUUUGGGGACCAAAAGUGUGAAGCCCAGCAGGGACAGAGUGAUUGUGCUGCAGAGACCGGCACCCAGGGAAUAAUGAGGCUGUGGGGAGGGAGCAGCCUGGGUCCUCCUUAAUGUGCUGGACCAAAAUGGGGUUUUUAUGGAGUGACUGCUUCAGGUCACGUUACAUUUCUGUUAAAAAUAAAUAAAAGUGCAAGUGCCAGUUUUUCCAGGGGUAGCCUCACCUUGGAUUUCUCAUUCUUCAGCAGAAUGACUUUGUGAGGGUCAAAAAACUGCAAGCCAGGCUGUAUUUGAACAUGAAGUCUGAGAGAAAUAACA